AUGGUUCUGUUUUGGGGACGAGUAGAUAUGGUUGGCCUGCAAUUUGAAACUUAGGGAGAUAUGGGGUGUUUACUGUUGUCGGGUGGCGCGCCACGCCUCCUUCUCCAUAAUCACAGAGUAUUCUCAAACUUCACACAAUGCAGGCAAGUUCAUAAAAUCAAGAUGAAAAUGGAAUGCAAGCAAACCCAUGAAGCAGAAUCUAAAACAAUCAAAUUCGAGGAGACUGUGGGCAUAAGAAGAAGAGACAUUGUAGCAUUUGGUUGCUUGGUUGCUAGUGCUAACGCAUUGCAAAUGACAGAGGCACAGUUGGCCAGAGGUGAAGAUGGUCUUUGUGAACUCACAUUAGCUCCCUCUGGAUUGGGCUACUGUGACACUCUCGUUGGCACCGGUGUUGAAGCUUCGGAAGGACAGCUUAUUAAGGCUCAUUACACUGGGAAGUUGGAGAAUGGAAAAAUAUUUGACAGUAGCUAUAAUCGAGGACAACCAUUGACAUUUCGAAUAGGCGUUGGAGAGGUCAUCAAAGGAUGGGACCAAGGCAUACUAGGUGGUGCUGGAAUUCCUCCUAUGUUGGCUGGUGGCAAAAGGACUCUGAAGAUUCCUCCAGAACUUGGUUAUGGUGUAAGAGGUGCAGGAUGCAGAGGAGGUUCAUGUGUCAUCCCUCCCAAUUCCGUUCUUCUAUUUGAUGUAGAGUUUGUUGGUAAAGCUUAAGUACUCAAUUGGCUGUUUGCAUUACAAAAAAUGGAUCAGUUGUUAUAUUGAGGAUUCUAACAAUGGUAUAGAAGAAAUAUUGAAUCGAUGCUCAAAUAAAGUGGAAGGGUCCUCCAUGUCAGGACACUUGUGAUUGGAUUUGUAGGAUUUGUAAUUGUAAUUGAACCUCCAUUCAAAAUAAUUAACUUGUGGCUGUGUACUACUUAGCGAGCCAUAUAUAUCACGAGUCCUUUUUGAUAUCAUCAUUUGUAAUAGGAGGUUUAGAUGAAUGAUACCAGUCCUAAUUUAUAUGUUUUAUUGAACUGUUA